ACAGCACCAAUUAGCGCUUAACCCUUAGAUGAACUAGUCAAUAUGUUUAGCUAGUUACAAUUUAUACUUAACAAUUACUUAGUGGCUUUAACUAAAACACCAAGCAACCAAAAACACCAACAACCAAAAACUCCAACAAAGGAAAAAAAAACAAAAUCAAAGUUCAAUUGAAAAGAAACUAACGAAUAUACGUUUAGGGAAUUUCAAUAUAGAUAAGCUUAGCCAAGUUACUUAUUAAGUUUAGAGCAAAUAUACACAUACAUAUAUAUACACAUUAUAUAUAAAUAUACACAUACAUAUAUCAUAUGUAUAAAUAAUAAAGAGCCGCCACGCAUACUGCAGCCCCCGCAGCAGGCCCUAAAUCAAAUUCAUUCAGAAAACGUGCCAUAAACCGGACUGCCAGACGUCGCUAAAUGUCAAAGUCAUAAAGAGAGCGAUACAGAGGAAAACAAAGAAAUAAAGGGAGAGAGAGAGAGUGAGGAAAAGAGUGAAUGAGCGAACUUGCGCGUGGGAGCGCCUAAAAGCACGCCUUCGUGUGGAUAUCAAGUUAAAAGCUCAGCUUUGCUUCUGCUUAGUCAAGACACAAACCUCAAAAUGGCAAACGCCACAACAACUGGAGGAACAACAGCAUCAACAACGCAUCUUGAUGAUGCGAGCAGCAUGAGCGACGAUGUUUUCGAGGAUGCGGAAACGACCAAAGCACGCAUCGAGGAGCUGCGCCGUCGCCCCUUUGGAGAUGGCUGCUACAAUCCGGUGGCAGCGCCGGUGUCGCAGCAUCAGCACCAUCAUCAUCACCACCCCAACACCAAUCACAACAACAGCAGCAGCCAGCAGAGCCUGACGAGUAGCCAUCAUUACCAUGACCAUGAUGCCAUCAUGGCUCCCGUUCAGCGCUCCGCCACCGGCUAUCCGGGCUAUCGGCCAUCCCGCGAAGCAAUGCAGAUGUAUGCCUACGGUAAUGCGGACUACGAGCUGGAGGAUGACUACGAUGAUGGCUGGCGCUCGUAUCGCUACGACGAGGUGGACAUGCAUCAGACAGCGCCACCGGCCCAUCAGCAGCCCUUCGACGACACCAUCAAUCACAAGACGAUCCUGCUAGGUGACUCUGGCGUGGGCAAAACCUCCUUCCUGGUCAAAUACAAUACGGGCGAGUUUCGUUUGGGCUCCUUCUCUGCCACCGUUGGCAUUGCACUAACGGUCAUAAUGCUGGGCGACUCGGGAGUGGGCAAAACGUCGCUUUUGAUUCGAUUUCGCGAUGGUCGCUAUGUGCCCAGCUAUUUUCUGAGCACAGUUGGCAUUGAUUUUAGGAACAAGGUGGUCGUUGUCGAUGGCACGCGCGUCAAGCUACAGAUCUGGGAUACGGCCGGACAGGAGCGCUUUCGCAGCGUAACCCACGCCUAUUAUCGCGAUGCCCACGCGCUGCUGCUGCUGUACGAUGUGACCAACAAGACCACCUACGACAACAUACGCGCCUGGCUGGGCGAGAUACGUGAGUACGCGCAGGAGGACGUUGUCAUCGUUUUAAUAGGCAACAAGGCCGAUUGCAGCAGCAGCGAGCGGCAGGUGAAGCGCGAGGAUGGCGAGCGACUAGGACGGGAGCACGACGUACCAUUCAUGGAGACAUCUGCCAAGACCGGACUCAAUGUGGAGCUGGCAUUCACAGCGGUGGCCAGGCAGCUGAAGAGUCGCGGCUACGAGCAUGGCGAUGAUGGAAAAUUCAAUGUGCAUGAUUUUGUGCGUGACAAUACAAAGGCUCGGUCUGUUUGUGCUCAAUGCAGGAACAUGUAAAUUGUUUCUCUUCCAGCACAAUGAAAACUUUGCACAAAACCCACAAAAAAGAGCUCACAAAACAAAGCGCAAAUUUGUACAAAAA